AUAAUCGGUGACCACUCGGUGACAAUAAACGAGACCACCUACACGGACGGCGACGAGAACGGGGGCACCAUCUUCCGGGUGCGCGUGGUCGACGUCAAGCCGCUCAACGACACGACCGCGACGGACAACAUCGGCAACCCGACCAUCGGCAACAACGAGUCCUCGACCGAGUUGCCCACGACCAACAGCGACAGCGACGAGGACAACGACAGCAACAAGCGCGAGGAGCUGACCACCCAAGCAACUCGCAGCGUCGAGACCGUCGAGGAGCUCGACAACGAGAUCAACAACAAAAACAACGCCAAGAACCAAAUUGAGACGCUCAAUGCUUGAAUUGAAAAUUUUUUUUUAUUCAUAUAGUUUUUUUUUUUUUUUUUUUUUUUUUUGAUAAUCCAAGGUGUUGAUUUUUCGGGAGGGGAUAUCUGUCGGAAGUUCACCCGAUUGCUGCGAUGAAAAGGAAUUCUGAGGAUUGAUGGAAAUACAUUUUUUUAAACUAUGGAGUUCUUUGGGACGAUAUGGUGAAUUUCCGGUAGAUUACUACUUAAUGGCAAAGGGCUCAUUUCAGCCGAUGCGAUGAACCUUUGUGCAUUACUUGAGGUUGUGAUGGCUUUUUUUCUCAUUUUUAUUUCAAUUGUCUAAGCCAUUUUUUUAUUAUUUUUUUU